GUUUGGGUGAAACAGGAUGGUUAAACGGUAGCAGUUUGGACACUUCACUAUUUUCACUGUCUUGAGCUUGAUCUCUUUCUUGCAAAAUUUCAUUUUAGGGUUUAACAAGGGCUUUUUCAUAUAUCCACAGUUUUAAUACUCCUCGGAAGUUACUAUCCAGAAUGCGGAGAUCGGUAAUGCGGCUGGUUCAUCCUCUAGUAACGACGCGGGGAUUUUGCACGAAACCGGAGAAAAUCGUAGCUUCCGUAUUGUUCGAGAGAUUACCAGUUGUUAUCCCCAAAAUUGAUCCUGUUGUUUAUGCAUUUCAGGAAUUCUCGUUUCGGUGGCGGCAGCAAUAUAGACGCCGAUAUCCAGAUGAGUUUUUAGACAAGGCGGACUCAAGGGGAAAGGGUGACUACCAAAUUGACUAUGAACCGGCUCCAAGGAUCACUGAAGCUGACAAAACAAAUGAUAGAAAGUCUUUACAGAGGGCACUUGACAGAAGACUUUACCUCCUUCUGUAUGGAAAGGCAUAUGGAUCUCCUAGUGGGAAGGCUGUCUGGCAUUUUCCUGAAAAGAUUUAUGAGGCUGAGGAGACAUUGCGCAAGUGUGCAGAGUCUGCAUUGCAGUCUGUCUUAGGGAACCUUUCACACACUUAUUUUGUUGGAAAUGCUCCUAUGGGUCACAUGAUCAUACAGCCAACAGAUAAUGCACCAGAUGCUGGUUAUAAGCAAUUCUUCUUUAAGUCCCAGGUGAUUGCGACAAACAAGUUUAAAAUUGGGAAGUGUGAGGAUUUUGUUUGGGUGACUAAGGAUGAAUUACUGGAGUAUUUUCCUGAGCAAGCUGAAUUUCUCAACAAGAUGAUCAUCAGCUGAAUUGGAAGUUCUAUUUGAUGUUCAAUCUCAACGAAUCUUCUUUGGAACCAUCUGUAUGCUAUGUGAAUCUGUUUUGCGUUCAAUACUUGCAAUUCAAUCAGCAGAAUGAAUUUUUGGUAGUCCUCAGGAUUCAGGAACAGUUAAAAUUGCUGCAGAAUGCCAAAGAGAAUUUGCUCUAUUA